CCCUGGAGAUUAAGAGAAAAAAAGGGCGCCGGUUUCUCGGGUCGUCCCCAAAAGUAGAGCACCUGGUCGUCUGUGGCUGCAAUGCAUCCUGCGUCCAAAACCCCUGCCAACUAUUUUUUUUUUUUUAAUCAAAAUUUUGGGGCAAGAGAACAAAAAAAUGCCUUUAAUAUUGAAGUUAAGAAAGCAUUGAAGUGUUUGGUAAUAUUUUGGUGACUUAUUUGAAACGAGAUAAGAGUUUAGUGUAAAGAAGGUGCGGUGUGGUGUAUAGAGAGAGGCGCAGUCAAUGAACGUUGCCGAAUAUGUAUCCAGCUGGGCCCGCGUUUCCCAUGACAACAAAAUUGUUAUCAUAUUCUCUCAUUUUGCGAUAAGGAAAAUGCAGUACACUUUGUUUCGACCUCUCGAUCCUGCUUUUGUGCGGGGGGCGACGGUGGCGGCCCUCGCAGGGCUGGCACUGCCGCUGGCGCUGCCGCCGCUGCACAUGGCUGUGCUCUCCAAGUACUGGUCCCAGUACACGCGCAAGGUCGACAGGUACACGUGCACCUGCAGCUGCUGGGACACUAUUUUUAAAGGCACCUACGAAACUGGGGUGGCCUCGUACAAGCAUUUGUACUUCAACGCGACGCGCAACGUGCUGCUCAUAUGGAUGCUGACGGUCAUGGCCGUGGUGGCCCUUUACGAGGCCAUCAAGCGGCUGGUCAUGCUGGCCGUCGGCGGCCGCCUCCGCCUCCCGAUGGCGCUGCUCUUCCUCCUCGCCCUCUUCCCGCACUACUACAGUUGGUGGUCCUACCUCAAUUACUGGAACGAUGAUUUUUACGCGCAGUGGCACCACCAGCUCUACUUUUCUAUUUCCGAGGUGGGCGCGAGUUUCGCGGUUUUGCGGCUCGCGGACCGCGAGGUGAACGUCACAAGCCGCGGCGUGCUGCCUAUCAUGGCCGUGGGGCUGGUGCACGCCCUGCUGGCCGCGCGCGACCAGUUCGUGGAGAACGUGUUGGCCGCCAAGGGGUUCGCGCACCAGGUGGUGCGCGACGUCUUCCUCAUGGUGCCCGACCUGCUGCACGUGUUGGUGCCCCUGGCCUGUCUUUUGGCCGCCCGACCCACGCAGUCGCGCCGCUUCUGGAUCGAGCUGGCCGCCUGCGUGGCCGCCGGCCUCGCGGCCUUCCGCCUCCUGUGCGACUGAACAUGAAAAACAAACUCUGCGCCUCGCAGCACAUAUCACAGGACCAUUCCUCUCUUCCCUGCAACCGAAUAAAAUAUUAAAUAUUUCCUAUUUCAGCUUCGGAAAUAUCGGGUGACCAGAAUUUGAAUUUUAAUCAAAACAAAAGGUGAAUAUUUUUAGAGUAGCUUUAAAGUAGGCAGGUGAACAAUCGGAAAAUAGACUUGCUAUUUUCGUUCUUCCAUAUCAGCUUGUUUCCUACAGUAGGAAUUGUCGCACUGUUCAUUAAAAUCAUCUCUAGUCAAAAAUUCAUUUGAUUCCUUGAAUUAACAAACUGGUUAAAAAGUCUCAUUAUAUAAAAUGGCAGAUUUUUGUGUGUUUUUGUGCUUGAAAUUCGUUUACAAUAGAGGCAGUUGUAUUUUAAAGUUAAUAUUUAUUUGAAAUUAAGAUUAUGUUUUUUUUCUUGGCAUUUUUUAGCCCUUGAAAAGUUAAAAUGCCAUUUCUUAAAAAAAAUCUCCGUAAACAAAAUUAUUAAUUACAUUUUAUCAAAAAUUUCACCAACUAUUAUUAGAAUAAAAAUUCAAAAUUUUUGUUUCAAUUCCACAAAAUCUAGUUUAAAAAUUUCUUAAAAGUAUUCUGGCAUAAUUAAUUACAUAAUAAAUUAACGUUACUUGGAAAGAUGCUUUUAUCAGAUUUUAUUAUUAUUUUUGAAUUUAUUAAAAAAAAGAUGCGACUUUUUGCACCAGUCUUUAGUUAUGCAACCUGUAGAGCUUCAAAGCUCACCAAGUUGCAUAUUAGACAUUUCUUCGUAAGUAUGAAUCGCUGGUCACCUUAAAAAUUAUCUCCUUUCAUCUCUGAACCUCUUUCACUAUAAAUAGACUAGACCUUUUAGGUGAUUGAUCAAUAAUCACUUUUACCACACUGAUUGUUGCCAAACGCUGCAUUUUAGCUCUGUGAGAGACCCCCCGUUUUAGAGAACAGCACUUUUAGAGAUCGCGCGGUAAAGUUAGACUCUUACACUAAACUUUGUCUUUGAUACUGAACAUUAUUGUACUAUUAUAUAAAUAUACUGAUAUCAAUUCCAGAUACAAAAGACUGGCGUCGCUCUUCAAGUCUAUAACAAAAGAAAGGUUAAAAGUAAAUGAAGGAAAGAAACUGUUGAUUCAUUGUUGCUGUAAUUGAAGUCGACUAUGUUGAAAAACGUUGUGUUUAACGGAAUGGAUAAAAAUUGUUGCGAUUUAGAUGUCAUACGUACGUGUAUUUACAAAUCAGAAAAUGAAAUAUAUAUAUUUCUUGGCAAAAAUUGUUCAAUGUUGAAGUUAGACUCAAAAGUUAUACGUUCAAUGUGGAAGAAACUAUUUUGUGAAUUGGCCUAUUGAAUGUAAUUAACAGAAAAAUACUCAAAAUUUAAAAAGAAAAAAUUACAAGAUAAAAUUAAGAAAAGAAAACGCUCACGAAUUUUACGUCAUUAAUGGGUCAAUGAAAGCUGGCAAGGAAUAUAAUAUAAUUAUAUUUGAUAAAUAUAUUUGCCUUUUUAAAAAUUUAAUAGUAAUUGGUGAUGAAAAGAUGCAACCUUCAGCAUAAUAUUGUCAAGAUAUUGCUUAAAUUCAAUUUUUUUGGGUCAAGUUGUGAGCAAUUUCUUGAUAAUUUUAAUGAGCAGAUUGAUUUUUAUAUAUUUUUUCCUCCAACAAAUAUGAUUUAUGUUUUUUUUUAUUUACCAAAAAAACCAAUUAAAUAGUCAUCGUCUUUUUUUAAAAAAAAAUUCUCCUUUGAAAAUUGGUUGUUUAAGAAAACAAGUAUUUGAAGAAAACUUUUAACCUAAAAACUUGAUCUCCAAUUUUUUAUAUCCUCGAAAACAGAGAAAAAUAAAAUUUAAACAGAUUGAAAAAGAAUCAAAACCGAUAUCUGGAAAAGGCAAAUAAAUUUGUCCUCAUCAAGUGAGACUUGCGAGUUGUGAAUUGUAGUCUUUCGGACAAGAAUUAAGCAUAAGCCGGACAAUAAUGGAAACGCACGUGAAAAGAAGAAUUAAGAUAAAAUCACUAAUAAGAACGUUGUAAAAUGUAUGAAAAGAAAUGCGCCGGACGGAGUCGUCAAUUGAUGGUGUGUGUGUGCACAAAAGUUGAAAUAAACGGACCUGAGAGGUCGGUAGCUG